AUGUUUCGGACACUCUUGACGCCUCUCAGCGCACGGUUCUCGCUCCCGCAGCUCUCACCGAGGCCGGGUAUUACCUCGUUCCCGCAGAGUAGUGCGGAUGACCGAGCGGACGAGUUGGACCCCGAGGAAUUCGCACGAGAUGUCCUAGUCCAACUCAUGAGGAACGCAGUGGAGAACCUGAAAGCAGCGGAGAAUCUGAAGGCCAAGGCAGAGUUGCUGGCUGAGAUGCACAAGAUCAUGUUGGAAGAUGCGGCAACCAAGGAUGUCUUCCGAGAGAUGGACGGGUUCCUCGUGGUCAUGAGCGUGCUCUCAACGCUUCAGGCCGUGGAAGACGAGGAAGCCAAGACGGAGAUCCUCGAGGCAACUCGACUCGCGUUCGUCAUGCUGUCUGAGGCUCUAGAGGACCAUGUGGAGAACAGGGAGUACUUUCAACAUUCAGUCGGCUUCGACUCGCUCGGGCAGGCUAUGUCAACACUCGUUUCCGACACCGCUACUGUUAGGCAUACGCUCGGCUUCCUGGUCUCUCUUGGCUUGCACAAGUUCUCAAUGGCAGGUAUCUUCGACAUCGGCACUGAGGCAGACUACGCACAACUGGACCAUCGGAUACGUGACUUCGAGCCCGCAUUCGGACCCAUCCGCCACGCGGAGGCAUUUCGCCUACUCUUCAGCUUCAUUCCACAAGCCUCAGCCGACGGGCGCCCCUUGCGCUACUGCGUUCUCAAGCUUCUUGAGAGGCUUUCAUACCAUAGCCACAGGAACCACUGUCUGCUUAGCAGCCUCGCGUUGGUCGAGCCUCUCUUCCGCAGAUAUUGCGAGUGGAAGGAGGAUGCCGACAUCGCGAAGCCUGAACGCCAAAUCGUCCAGAAGCUCCUUCGGCGGUUCAUUGACGUGGGGACAAGCACCGAUGAGGCGGCUGUGAUGUUCCAGCGCGCUGUGCGUGAGGAUAACACGCUUGAUGCGGACGUCUUGGAAGUGCUCCGAGCGGGUAUGAAGGUCAAAUGGCCUGAGCAUCUCUCGCUGGAGGACUCCGCUGCCAUUCAAGUGCCUCAUCAUGACACGAGAGGGCUUCCGUUAGCGGGUUUCACAUUCAUGAUAUGGCUAUGGAUUGAGAAGUUCCCUACGAACAGCUCGCAUGCUAUCUUCUCAUUCCGCUUGCGAGACCGAGUGUUUGUCGCACUUGGAAUCAGACCGGAUGGGAACCUCGACUGCCAGACGACGGAAGCUACCAAGCUGAAGGCUGCAAUUCAUCGUGCACGGUGGACGCAUAUAACCUUCGUGUUUCACCCACAUCGAUCAGCCAACCCCACUGUCCGUAUCUUCAUCGACGGUGUUAUCACGGAUGUCAUGAAGUGGACGUACCCAAAGCCCGAGUACACCGCCGGAGUUGGUAUCUACCAGAUAGGCGACAACAGCGGCGUAGCGCCGAUGAGCUGGUCAAUAGCUUCAAGUUAUCUUCUUGCCACCCCUCUUGCGGACAGCAUCCCGCGCUUCAUACAUCACCUCGGCCCCCGGUAUUCGUCGCGCUUUCAAACAACACAACUUGCGCGAUUUUUUACCUAUGAGGCGUCUACUGCCUUGCACAUCUUCAUCGACGGUGCAGCCCAGCAGUCGGUAGCAAAGGCAGAUAUCAUGCAGCUCCAGCGUGUCGUCAAGGAGGGGCUGGCCGUCGGCGAAUCGUCUCUCGUAUUCUCGCUGAAUACCUCGAGCGAGCUCCAGAAGAGUGACACCGGUAUUCGUCUGGGCUUCGUUGGUAUCGGCGACAUCUUUCUGGUGAAGAAUGGCACUCUAGACAUGGCACUCUGGAAGAUCGGUGGUGCCGCUGUCGCACUACGACUUGUUCAACUUGCUAAUAGUGAUCAUCAACUAUCACGAGCUCUGGGUGUACUCACUGACGGAAUCCGCAACAGCUGGCAGAACUCUGAGGACAUGGAGCGACUUCGCGGCUAUGACAUCUUGGCUGACCUACUCCGGGCCAAGCCGGACCUCAUCAACAUGACUGGAUUCGAGACAAUAUUCGAGUUCCUAGGUCUGAACUUUCGUUCUCCUGACCAGUCCACGAUUGUCAACGCCGUCGCAUACCGUGCUGUUGCGCUCGACUUCCAGUUGUGGGCCUGCACUCGCGCUGAGAUUCAGCGCCUGCAUAUGGAGCACUUCCAAAUCUUGCUGCAGACGAGCAAGUAUAAGCGAUUCAAUGUCAAAAAUCGGUUCGCGAAGAUGGGUGUAGUGCGCAAGCUCCUGUUCGUCAUGCAGACGUCGUUGUACUCGUACGACAUGCUCCAAGAACUCCUGGGAACCAUGAAGAUCGUUGCGCAAGUUCACUUCACUGCAGAUGACGCUAUCAAACCUAUUGUGUCCUACUUGGCGGCGAAUUUGCACGAAGGCAAGUGCCGACUAGUAGCUGAACCGUCUUCGCCACGAUCUGUCAUCUCCCGUAUUGACUACAGCAACGUCCAGUCGAAAGCCGAGCAAGUCUUCACCAUGCUUGUGUCCGUCCUCCGAUUACCUGCAGCAUACGAGAGGUUUUCCAGCACUCUACCAGUACCCCGCAUUUCCCUCCUGCUUCUCGGAGAACGUCCAUUACCGGCGACAGCGGCCAAUGUGCUGAAGCUGCUCACUAUCAGUGUGAAGUCCUCUAGCUCGUUCAACCGGAAGUUUGAACUGGUCAGCGGUUGGAACAUCGUCAAGGCCGUAAUACCUCAUGCGUGGGAUUACUCGGUACAAAGGGCGGCAUUCGACCUUCUCCUUGGCUGGUCAGAGGGCGAAGCGAGCGGCACCCCUGUCGUGACCUGUCCGCAAAUCCUACCGGCAAUCUUCACUGCGCUCAAGCUCUCCUUGGGGACGGUCGGUAUCCGCAUCGCGAGUGGAACCCCGACAGUGGAUACUGAGCUCGAGGAGAAUGUCGAAAAGCUUCUCGAGGAGCUGAUCCAAGUGCACUCCUCGGCGCCCUCCUUCCGUCAGCUCUUCAAGUCUCAAACUAUCACUGACUCCUUCAUCGAUGCGUAUAAGUCGUUUGUGGCCUCCGCGGCUACGGCACCGGAAUUGUCUCAAAGUACUGUACGAAUAUUAGAGAAACUCUCGCAUGUAGGCCUCAGUAUCGCGCUUGACAACGCAGUGGGGAACUCUCAGAAGCAGGAGAUUAUGGAUAUUUUGCAGUCAGCUGAAACCGCCCUCAAUCCUCGCUCAUCGCAGGAGACAGCCAUCGACUCCGUUACGGUCGUUGGAACAAAGGCCCGUCGGAGACGCAUGGCAUCUAUACGACUGAGCGUGCAACUUGGUGAGAGCGCGGUGAAGCGGUCCAUCACGCGUAUCAACGACUGGCGAAAGACCGUCGUCGCCACCGAGAGGAAGAGGUUGCGCAAGACCAUCCUCGAUAUGCGAGAGUACCAUCGUCAGAUCAGCAGUCUGACCGACUGGUACGCGUUACUCACAAAUGAACGUGGGCUAUGGCCCAGUCCUCUCGAUCGUCGAUGGCAACUAGAUGAGACGGAAGGACCGUAUCGUGUCAGGAAAAAACUCGAGCCCGCUCAAGAACAUCGCAUCAGUACCAAAGUGGAGACCGUGAACCACUUAGGCUUCGAACUACAGGUACCCUCUACGAACCACAGUACUCCAACUCUGCAGCUGGAGGUCCCUCCCUGGGCGGAAGGCUAUGACCCAUCACAAACUGGCGUUGACGAACGCCAGCUCGAGGAAGAGAUUGUCGAUGACAAGCAUCGCAGAGUACGACAUGAACUGGAACCUGGCGACGUCAUCGAGUCAGCCAACACUGUCGCACGUAUAUCUGGUGUGGAUUCAUCUCCCGGACUGCUCAUCCUCGGGCAGACCCAUCUGUAUAUGCUAGACGGCCUAGUUCAGGACGACGAUGGAGAAGUGAUAGAUGCUCAUGACGCGCCGAAACGACUGUUUUUUGUCCCCGGUAGCAUUCUCGAGUUGAAUGGUCCCCAAAGAGCGCAACGAUGGACCCAUGAGCAAAUUGUCAGCUUCAGUGAUCGUACAUUCUUGUUUCGUGACGUUGGGCUAGAAAUCUACUUCAAGGACAGUCGGUCUCUUCUGAUCGUCUUCCUGGAGAAACGUCAACGACUAGCAAUGAGCGAUCGCUUGUCGACCAUCAUGUAUCGAUACAACGCGGAGCCACCUACGCCAUCCCCUGUGAUGUUGAAGUCGCCAACCAUGCUAUCGCCCAUGAUGGGGCGAUUGAGUGGCAAGCUCAGCGCUACGUUGAGUGCCAAGGUACUAUCCGGACUGAGGCUGGACGAACUUUCGACGGCGCAGAGGAAGUGGCAGACAAGGGAGAUUUCGAACUUCACAUAUCUCAGCAUCCUCAACCAGAUUUCCGGUCGCACUCCCAGCGAUGCCACACAAUAUCCCGUAUUUCCUUGGGUGCUCAAGGAUUACGCGUCGGAAACGCUGGACCUGAGCUCUGCAGAGUCCUUCCGUGACCUUAAGCGUCCCAUGGGCGCGCUGACCCCUGCACGCGAAGAGGCAGCACGUUCGCGCUAUGUCAACCUCGAGAGCGUGGACGAGAAGCCGUUCCACUACGGGACGCAUUUCAGCUCGUCGAUGAUUGUGUGCCAUUUCCUGAUCAGGGUGGAGCCCUUCAGCCAUAUGUUCAAGAUUCUUCAGGGAGGUGACUGGGAUCUGCCCGAGCGGCUCUUCAGCGAUGUCCGACGAGGAUACGAGAGUGCCUCUAGCGACGUUCGCGGAGACGUCCGAGAGCUCAUCCCUGAGUUCUACGCACUGCCAGAAUUCCUGGAAAACUCAGCCCGGAUAGACUUUGGCGUGCAGCAGAGCACUGGCGAGCGGAUCGACGAUGUGAAAUUACCACCUUGGGCGAAGCGAGACCCGCUGUUGUUCAUAAGCCUGCACAGAGAGGCCCUCGAGAGCGACUAUGUCAGCGAGAACCUGCCGCACUGGAUAGAUCUGAUCUGGGGGCAUAAGCAGCGGGAUCCCAAGUCGUUGAACGUGUUCCAUCCGCUGAGUUACGAGGGCUCUAUCGAUCUCGAUACCAUUACCGAUGAGCUCGAGCGCGAGGCUACAGUCGGAAUCAUCCAUAAUUUCGGCCAGACCCCACGCAAACUAUUCCACUCCCCACAUCCCGAGCGUAUGAUGCACGGGAACUCGUCGCUCCCUAUUGGUACGCUGUACGGUGUAGCAGAGGAUUAUCAUCUUCUGUCUCAAUCCAAGCGGUUCGUCAAGGACCUCGGUCCCCGAAACCCCAUACGCGAGCUCGCGUUCGAUCCCAUAGGACAGAAGAUGAUCCCGUACCCGGACGGUACUGCGUGUGUUCCUGGGCUACCUCAUGAGCGAGUGGUGUGGAGGCCUGGUUUGCACUCUGGUGGAGACCUGAGGGUUGUGCUAGACAAUAAGGUCGUACAAGUCAUUGAGUCAACAGCGUGCUCCUGCGCUGUAUUCGCCGACCCAAGCACACUCGUAACAGGCUCGCGAGACCACACAGUGCGCCUAUGGCGGGUGCAGCGCCCAGGCCAGAGCCUAAACGCCUACAAGGAGCCGCCGCUGAACAUCACGGUCACGCAUGUCAUGCGGGCACAUACGUCGGACGUAGUCUGUGUCACGGCGUCGAGGGCAUGGUCCGUCGUGGUGAGCGGCUCGAAAGACGGCAGUGCGGCGUUCUGGGACCUGAAUCGCGGGACAUAUGUGAGGUCGAUCUGGCAUGGGGAAGGAGAAUGUGCGGGUGUGCACCUCGUCGCUGUCAGUGAGAGCACGGGCUACAUUGCCUCGUGCUCAAGAGCAAAACUCUGGCUCCAUACUAUCAACGGACGGCCGAUCGUCUCACUCGAUCUCAAUUCCUCCACUGUGCCGAACUCAUAUCCUGCCAUCACCUCUCUGGCCUUCCUCGAGCGCGAGUACUCCCGCGUCGGCGUGCUUGCGACCGGGGCAUCGGAUGGCACCAUCGCCUUGCGAACGUGGAACGCCGACAAGACUCCGGAGGGCGAGUCGGCGCGCUGGGAGUUCGUGACGUUGAAAACGCUGAUCGUGAAGGGCCCCGAUGGCCAGGUCCAACCAAAAGGAUACACCUCGUGUGUCACUGCAUUGAAGUUUGUUGGGGAGUGUUUGUAUCACGGUGAAGACAGUGGACGGACAUUUUCAUGGGACUUACCGGACUGA